GAGCCCUCGUUUCUCACUGCCUCACUUCCACAGUCCUAUCUCAUUUCAGUUUCUCUCUCUUCCUCUCGCUCUCUCUUUCUUCACUGGCCUCUCAGUUUUCUCUUCAUCAUCGACAAUUCGAGAUCGCCAAGGUGACCGCCAAGGACUGGGUUAAGCUCACCGUCCAAAACCUUCAGGCCAAGGUCUCGGUGGUCCCCUCUACCGCCUCUUUGAGAUCUGCAUUUUGCUUAGAGCCGGAUCGGGACCGCAAAAUGUCAACUGCUUCAGAUUCGUUUUCUCUACCUUCUUCCUUCACACAUGUCUCAGCCGGAGCUUCCUCCUUUCCCUCCAGAUCCAGUUAUGAUUGGGGCCGCUAAGUUUGUGAAGGAGAUGGGGCUCAAUUAUCGAGCUGCACUUAGCAAUAUUACCAAUUUCAAAAGAGAGGCUUUUGGAAAGCAUGCUUCUCAUUUCUCACUUUCUCGGUCAAUAUUAGAAGACUCUCUCUUUCAGAGAAGACGCAAGUUGAUUGAAGGUUGGAUGGCCAAACCAAUAUGGAAGCAGGCUGACCCUCGAUUUGUAUGGAACAAAAAUCUUUUGGAUGAACUUAUCGAGUUCAAGGUAAUUUGGGAUGAAUAUGAAGUUGAAACCGGUAAUGGAAGAACUAUUAAAAGGAAAUCAAGAAGCACAAUCAUGUUUGAGGUAUGA